AUUCUCUCCCCGAGCAGAAUUCACCAUAUCUUCGCGUUACACGGCAAGAGAAAGAUACAACGGUAGAGCUUCGAGUGAAAUGCAAACGUCGACUGAAUAUGAAGACGUUUAACGACUUCUCUGUUGCUUUGUACAUUUGCGCACAGGUAACCUUAUGCUCGCUGGUGUUGGCACAGUGCCCUGCUGCCUGCAGUUGCCCAGAGAAGCCGCCGACGUGCGGGGUGCAGCUUAUCCUCGACGACUGCGCGUGUUGCGUCGUCUGCGCCAGGCAGAGAGGGGAGCUUUGCUCUGAGAUGCAUCCCUGCGAUUUGCGAAAGGGUCUCAGUUGCGUUUACGCGGGAGGUGCGCACAAGAGGACGGGUGUGUGUCUGGUUCACGAAGGAGACUCCUGCACGCUGGGCGGCUCCGUCUACAAGAACGGGGAGAGCUUCUUUCCGAGCUGCAGCCACCGGUGCACAUGCAGGGACGGGCAGGUCGGGUGCGUGCCCCGUUGCAAUCUUGACGUGAUGCUACCGGGACCCGACUGUCCUUUCCCAUGCAAGGUCCAAGUGCCCGGCGAGUGCUGUGAGAAGUGGGUGUGUGAGUCUCAGAACGAGGCCAGCAACCUGGGGGGCUUUGCCUUGGCUGCAUACAGGCAGGAGGAGACAGUGGGUUUUGACCAAUGGGAUCCCAGCACAAGCUGCACUGAACAGACCACUGAGUGGGGAGCCUGCUCACGCACCUGUGGCAUGGGUGUGUCCACUAGGGUGACCAAUAAGAACACACGCUGCGAGAUGGUGAAGCAGAGCAGGUUGUGCAUGGUCCGACCCUGCGGCACCCCUGGGAGGCAGGGAAGCACACAGCGGGGGAGCAGGUGUAUGAGGGCAGCCAGGAGCCCCGAGCCUUUCCACUUCACAUUCCGGAACUGCACGAGUGUCCGAGCCCACCGGCCACGUUUCUGCAGCCAGUGCGCCGAUGGCCGCUGUUGCACACCACAUCUCACGCACACAGCUUACUUGGAGUUCCGCUGCAUGGGUGGCAGGUCAAUCAAGAGGCCUGUGAUGUUUGUGGCCACGUGCGCCUGCCACCAGCACUGCCCGCAGGACGAUGGCGUCCAUGCCGCCGACCCCUCGCUCCGGCCUUGAGGGAGCACUCACUGGCAUGCUACACAGAUGUGUGGUUUAGAUGAUGGCACUUAUUUGCGCGUGUGUGUGUGUGUGUGUGUGCGCGCGCAAGGAGCUGUAGACAGAGCCAAAGUGUAUCUCUCUAUCCAUGUAUCUAUGUAUAGGAUGGCUUAUACUGUAUCUCAGAUUGCAGAAACUCCACACACACAUAAGGCUCCAUUAGGGUGACAUCCUUUGACUGUUCAAAGGACUGUGUACAUUUUCAAUGUAUGGGUGGAUUUUCAGUGUGGGUUUUCACUGGUUGCUGGAACUGGACAACGUGAUUAACCCCUUACAUACAGAAAAUGAGUUCUGUGAAUUGUCGGAACAAAACCUCAUAUUCACAACUCUUGAGGGAAAUGGAAAAACUAGAGAUGUACUAUGCAUUUCAGCAUUAUUACAGCCAUUUACUUCUGUCCACCAACCCCUCCUCUUCAGCCCAAUACUAUGAACAUAACCAUUGACUAAGAAAAGGGAAAGUUCAUUGAAGGUAUGCACUCUUGCCUUGGGAAUGUAGUUCCAUGCGUCACUACUCCAGGUUAAGACCUACUUCCAAUCAUGCUGUGCAAAUUCCUCUGGCACAGGGUUUGUAUAAGGACGACCUCUCCCAGGCCCUGGGGUCAAAUGGGAGAUGGCGGAGCCUUAUGACUGAGAAUGGGUAGCGUGUCAAAGCUCACGGGCCACUCACACAGAGCUGUGAAAUUUAACUGUAUAUUUUUGUCUUUCCUUUUGAAUGAACAAAAGGGGUGUGUGCGUAGUAAGAGAGCCCCAUCUCAGGUAAAGUAAAUGCCAUUAAGAAUCCUGAUGCAAAGAUCCCAUGAAAUGUCUGUAAAUAUGUAAUGAGUAGUUUGUUUGCGUAUAUCAUACUAACCCGACAAACUGAUAAUCUGUGUAAAUGGGAAAUGUUUGUAAUUUUACCCAACUUUUGCGAUGGCUGUGAUGACUUGUAUUGUUUUUGAGAUGUAUUACUAAACGUGUAUUUUUCUAUUCUUGGGAAUAGUUGCUGAGGAAGGGUCAUACUCCAGUAUGCUCAUGAGGAAGAGUUAAUCAUACUCCAAUAUGCUCUGUAACGGCCCUCCCUUGACCUUGACAGAUGAUUAUAAACAUACAUCGCAUGCGA